AUGGCCGCGGGGGCUGCAGACAACCGCAAUGGGCACCAUCAAAAGAUGGCUGAGCUUAGCAACUUUCCGGAGUACCUGCCUGCAGAGGUCCGAGAAGGAUUUCUGGCAGACAGCACAGCCCGACAGAGUUUCGUGCUCCAGCUUCUUUCGAGCGACCCGGCACCUCCAGAUUCGACAGAAGUUCUGUUCGGCUUGAAAUGUCUGAAGAUCUUGGAGGAGCUGCAGACACCGACCAAGCUCGAUUUCAAGCUGGCCGUCCUACGUGCACUCUGGAAGCUGAUUAUCGCAGGGUCCCAAGCCCGACCUGGACGGCCGUUGUACGGAUAUUCAGCAAGUGCAAAGAUCCUGGAGAGCUUCAGGGCUUGGCUGAAUUAUACGGAUACCGAGCACAUCGUUCCCAUUUGGCGACCCGAGGCGGCGAGCCAAGAAGAAGCUGAUCAGUUGGACGCUCUUCGCAGAGAAGUGGACGUUCGCGUGCCACUGCGACUCAUCUUCGAAGAAGUCCGCAAAAGUCCGCGUAUUGACUGCUCCGUGGGCAACUCAAAGCGUAGGAACUAUGUGCUACAGCUUGUCAAUGUGUGUGCUUCGUUCACAAGCUUCCAUGGCUGCAUUUCGGUCUCUGACGCUAAAGAACUCGCGGCAGAGCUGGCGGAGAAAGUUGACAGCUUGCAUGUAUAUUCCUUGGUGUACGCCAAGCUGUUGGUCCUCACCACACCGCGAGUCAUGACACCCCAGAUUAUUUUAGAUGGUAGACUAUGGUCGUGGUGGUCAAGAUUACCAGAGGGCUUGAUUCCAAAGUUCGACUUAAUGUGGUUCCACUGCUUGGCAAGGUAUGCCGAACUCCGCUGGGCGAACAAGGUUGAAGAUGCCCUUCGACAGACGGGUUCAGAAGGCCAGUCUGACGAAUGCCUGGGAAGGCUUCAAGAGCAACUUCCUUUCCUAAUGAAUAAGAUUGCACGCACCUUGUGUGUCCCGUUUGGAUCUCCAGCUGCCAAAGCAGUGGAUGGAAACAAAGGAGAGCGUGUCCCAGACUUAGAUCGAUACCCAAUCCCAGAAGAAGUUGACACCGUGUUCAUGGGCAACCAGACAGCAUGGAGGGAGGUUGCGAUCUUCCUGAUCUACCUCCUGGAGCCAGCUCCACCACAGCAGCCGUCACCAAGCAACAUAUGGACACUUUUGACAAUGCUGUUUCGUCGGAUGCGGCCGUUCCUCACACCCGCAACGUCGCAGGGCGAGUGGCUUUGGCACUGCACAACCCUCAUGCACAACUUGACUUCGCAGUACUUCAAGCGGAUCAGCCAAGAGCGCCUCCUGGAGACAACCGCCCCGAAAUCCAAUCACUUGACAGCAGAAGCUGAUCGUGCUUUCCUCAUGCUGCUGCUACCAUUGGUGCGCGACCUGCUAACCGUGCGUUCUGCACAUGAAGUUGUCACAUCUUUGGACAACCUCGGGCGGCUUACCAAAAUCUCAGCAAUGCAGCCUGACCUGAUGGCUCUUGAUCCUUCUUCCACCAUCGAUCCUUUCCGUGUGGACUUUCACUCCAUGGUCAUGCAUGCUACGGAGGUGUUGAAUGACCCAUCCAUGUCCGGAAGACAUGCUACGCUUUUGCGCGUCUUCGUCUCGAUCAUGCCAGCUCUGACUUGUCAAAUGCCGGCUGUCAUCGGCGAGUUGCUCCCCUUAACGCUGCUGGGGAUCGAUCCCACCGAUGUGUCCAAGACGAUGUCCGCUCUAAGGCUUCUGACAUCGGUCUUCUCUCAGAUGCCUUGCCUGGACUUAAACGACUGGGAACUGGGGGACAGGGUCAGAGACGGCGAUUUCAGCCAUGUCCAGUGGCCAUUGCCACCUGAUGCUUCCAUGAAGUGUGGAGAUCCCGAUUACAGUGCGACCGGAAUAGUCUCAUCUAUGUUACCUUCAUUUGCUGUGGAAUUUGUUCAGCGUGCGUGCGAUUAUGUCACGCGGAUCCCUAAACCUCGAGGUGCCAAACAGAGCAAGAUUUCUAUCGAAGGUACAUGCACAGGCUUGCUACAUGGGGCUCUUUGUCUGGUGGCCACCCAGACAGACAAAGAAACCUAUAAGCAGAUGGUGGAAGAGGUGUCUGAGUUUCUCGGCACUAACCUACUGCCGGACCAGGUGAAGCCUGCUGCGCAGGUCAUCUUCGCAAUUGCCCGCGCAUGCCCUGAGGUCUCUUUGUCCAUGCUGCUUCCGAAAUUCUUCAAGAAGCUUCUCCCGCACCAAUCUCCAGCAGCAUUGCAUGAAGUAGGGGUAUCAGAGAGUGAGGCCAAAUGGUUUCUGUCUCUUCUUAGCGCCUCAGUGCGCUCGGGAGGGUCAUGGCUACUUGCCUACCGACAGCAGCUCGAGGCCGUCAUCAGGUCUGCACUUUUGGAUGAGAGGGAAGCGGUGACCAAGCUUGGCAUGAAGCUUCUCCGCCGAGUUCUGUACGCAACCACUGCCAUCUACGUCCAGGCUGACUACAGGCUUUGUGACGAUUCAGUGUGGCAAGGAUUGAUGGGCUGCAGACGGGGCAGCACGGUGCCUGGUGGCGCAGGUCUUUCAUCCUUGCUGUGGUCAGGAGUCAAGGGACCCUGGUGGCUGGCGGGAGGUGCCAGCGGUGCUUCGGCCUCAGUCAGCUGGCAUGUGCCUUCGGAGGAGGAAGUCGCCUGGGCCAGGGAGUUGGUCUUCGGUGCGCUUGACCAAGCUGGCAAGCUUCUAAGCUCCAUCGUAGAGGUGCCCAGCCUGAAAGGGGGUAGCUUUCCAGAGGGAACCAGCUGGUUGGAUGGCUUUGCCACAAGCCUGCCGCCCAAGAAGAAGUUUGCCUACGGUAUCAUUCUUGCGACCCGGCUUAUCAACCAGGUUCUCAGGGGUACAUCUGACCUGUGGCCAGAUGAGCGCAGCACUGCAGAACUUGAAGCCAGGCAACUGCCAAAGAAUCUGAAGGUUGCUGGUAACACCGCGGAGACAAUGUAUGCCUGGCUCUUCCCGCUGGUCUCUUCUGCCUUCAAUGAGCUUGCUGUUCAGGAGCAGUAUGGAGUUGCCCAAGCUGGAAAGCUUGACCAGAUAGAUGUAUCCAGGGUAAUGCGAAAGCUGCUGAAGUGCAUCGCGGAGCUCAGUGGUGCCUGGAGAGAUGUCCACCCGAGCAGUCUGCGGCUCUUCCCAAGCCUGCGCCAGGUGGACAAGGAGGCUCAGGCUCUGGCCUGGCAUUCGACAGCAAUGGAUCGGCUUCACCCUCAUUCAAGAUGGCGCGAUCUGCCGCGCGUCUGGUGGGUGGAGCGCGUUGCCGAAACCAUGGAAGGCCGUGUUCACGAGCGACGAUCUGCCCUCCGCUAUUCCGGAGUGCGAAAAAAGUUGGUUGAAGCAGUUGCAAAGCAGAUCUUCACAAGUGGCUUUGAGCCCGUGCGCGCUCGUGCUCUGGACAUCGUUACAAUGGCCAUUCAGCAUCAUCAAGGUGGCCGGUGGCCACUAGUGCGCGAUGUUUUGCUUCCUGCGCUGGCCAAGGAGACGCAGGCUGCCGCGCAGUGCUCUUCUCUUACAGGAGACGCGGCAGACAAGGAGCAGCAGCGGCUGAAUGACUCAUUGUGCGGUCUGGCCUUGGCCUUGGGUGGACGCAUCAAUGGCCUCAUUGGAGCUGUUUGGCGUCGUGGCAUUGAUGAUGCUGCAACCAUUGGCCUCAGCCUUUGCGAGGCUAUCUUUGCAGCAACGCGUGUCAGCAGCAGCCAGGCAGCUCUCUCUUCCGCCGGAGAUAGCAAAGACCAGAAGUGCGAGGUCAAACCCAACACCGUCUCAAGGCUAAUCUCAGCCAUGAAGCACUGGCUGGACUGUCGAGAGGGCCAGUGUUGGGCUGAGACACGUCAGCGCUCCAACGCUCCCCUACUGCAGGAUGAGAUUGUGGAUGAGGUUGAGGCCCCUACAGCUCCCCAGAAUGCCCGUGGAUUAUCCGCAUUGCGGAUAGUGUCAAAGGCCUUGCAGAUCUGUGAACGUGGAGACUGCCACUGGCGAGCACAGAUCAUGGCCUCAACGAUGAGCCUGGCAUUGUUGAACUCCCUGGGAGCAUUGGGACUUCCCCCUGGGCUGAAUGUGGAGGAGACCGCAGAAGCAAAAAUGGUUUGGCUGCAGUGGGGUCGUUGGCUUGUUAAGAGCAUGGACCCGAAAGGCCAGCCAGGAAUGCAUGCUUUGGCUAUCCACAGCCUGCAGCUCAUGCUGAAGAGAUCUCCCCUGAGCCAGUCUGAGUUUGCACAGCUCGGUAUUCAAGACGCAGGUUUCUUCCAGAAUCUCCUGAAAGUUCUGCCGCCCCUGAAUCACGAGGAUCUCAUGGUCACCGCAGAAGACCAAGUGGGCCAGAAGAGCGAGCCCACGCGAGGACCGGUCAAUGUGAUGGUGAGCCAUGGCUUUUUUGAGGUCUGGCCACGAAUUUGGCUGCGCCGGUCCUCCAACUCAUUUUCACUUCAAAAUGCCUUGUUCUGGCAGAGCUACACCAGGAUCCUCAUGACAGAGCUCAGCGGCGCUGAUCUGGUAGGGUUAUUCUUGAAAGGAGCUGAGGAGCUGGCAUCGCAGCCGGUUGCAGAAGCUGAGUACCAUGCAGCCUUUGCCGAGUUUUCCGCAGGAGUGUUGCGAGCUGUCCGGAAGCCGGGGGCUUUACAACUACGAAAAAGUUUGUGGAGCCAGCUACGGCCCUUGUUCCUGUCCGCAUUGCAGCAAGCAUCGGAAGAACGCCUUGGGACCUGGUGCGACGCUGCUCGCUUCAUCGCCACAGGUUACUGUCGACCAGAGCUUUGUCGCAUGUUUGCAGAACCUGCCCAGGAGAAGCCGGAGCAUCUGAGCGCGAGUCUGCAGUAUUUGACUCCACUCUUCAACUUCGUUGUGGCAGGCGACGGCGAGCUUGAGUUUGAUGCGCUCAGUUGCACGCUACCACCAAUCCGGUUUGAGUACGACGAGAAGCUUUCCGAAGACAAGGGCUCGUCCUUCGACUCCUUCAAGCGCCUCAGACUUUUGAUGUCUUUGCUGAUUGAGCCCUCUGCCACGCAGAUCCUCAGCGAGAGCUUCUGCAAGAAGCUGGUGGAGACUUUGGAGCAGGGGUUGGGCCAUCCUUACAAACAGUUGCGUGAGGAGGUGGCGAGGGGUCUCUUCUUCAUCGUCCAGGCUGCUUCGCACCAGGACUUAAUGGCGGAAGCGGGGGCGGGCUUAAAAUCCGUAUCACUACAACUGGAGACAUGGUUUUGUGCAGAGGCUGUGAGGUUGACACCGCUGCUUCAAGCUGACAAUGCAGCACAUAGAAACGAAGGAGACGAGGCUACAAGACCCAAACAUGUUGUCGAGAGCUCUGGUUUGGUCUACGUGCUCUUGCAUGCAUCCUUGGCAAGGUUUACUUCAGCUCGGCUGCGGGAGUCAGCUUCAGAGCUUUUGAGCUUCCUUGUUGCAGCCGCAGCGCAUGGUGACCUUGAACUGAGAGCGAUUGCUCCACAUGCCCUCUCGCUCUGCUGCGCUGCGCAUCCGCUGACUCCGGGGCCCGAGCACCAGAAACUCUGGCAACAGCUUCCCAUGGUGAAAGCGUUGAAGAGCUUGGUGAGCAGCAGUGCGCCCGAUAAAGAAUUGGAGAAAGCUCUGGCUGCAGGCCUGAAGCCGGUAAUAAUGGCAAAUUUCUUUGUGCUUAUGAAUGGUGGUCCUGAAGCAUUGUCAUUGUAUGCUGAGCUGCGCUCGGCUGCAGAGCACUCCCUGGGCAACACAAAGCCUGAAAUCCGCACAGCAGCACGGGGUGCAGUUGCAAGUUUCUUGACUGUAGAAGCAGAGCCAGAGAUCCGGACACGCCUCAAGGCCUUGAAGGCGAAGGCAGGAGUUCCAGGCAAAAGCGAUGCCAAGGCUGAGAAUGGUGAUUUCUGCUCAAUUGUAAGCACCAUGGCUUGCACGUUGCUAGCUGCUGCAGACCUUGGUGUACCGAAAUGGUCUGGCCUUGCGAUACAGACGGUUGCACCUUACGGGAAGCCAGGCAUACAAGAGGCAGCGCGCAAGGAGGUUCAAGCUGCCAUCCAGGCAUUCCUGAAGCUGCAGCAAUCAAGCCAGCAAACGUGGAAGGAAUGCCAGGACAAGCUGACGUCCAAUCAGCUUGACCUAUUGAAUGACAACAAGGGCAAACUGUCCUACUUUUCAUAA